AUGAGCAUCCAGGGAACGGAAGAGCCUUUAAAAAAGCGUGGACGUAAACCUUUGCUUAGCCAGAAGCAUAUGGACUUCAUGAAAUCUUUAGUAGCAGAGGACGCUUCUAUUACGUUAGAUAUUAUGUUGAAGAGUCUCAGAACACAUUUCUCGGAUUUGGAGGUCAGUGCAACUACGGUCCACAAUUUUGCGACGAAGGUAUGUAAGUUGAGUCUCAAGAGAAUAUCCAAAUGGCCUGCUAGAAGAAGUCUGGAAGAUAUCAAGGACCAAAGAUAUGAGUGGGCGAAGGAAUACGGAGACAAGCUCAAUUUCUCUGAAAAUUGUAUAUUUAUUGAUGAAGCAGGCUUCAACCUUAGUAUGAGAAGAGAAUAUGGUUGGUCUUCUGUGGGAGAGAAAGCUAUAACGACUGCGCCAAUAACUAGGGGCCUCAAUGUGUCGUUCAUAGGAGCAAUAUCUUCACAAGGAUGUAUAAGUUUAAAGGUCAGACACCCCGGGGGAUUAGUAGGUAAUAAAAAGAGGAAAAUUGAGACAGAAGUGACUAGCAGUACACUGUCUUCCACAGGAACUACUGCAGAUCAUAUCUAUGGAUUUGUCAAAUCAGUUAUUGAACAAGUAAGUACAUCAGAAGAGCUCCGUACUUUGAAGUAUUUAGUCCUUGAUAAUGCUACUAUUCAUAAACGCCGGGAUAUCCAAUUAUUAGUAGCUCUGAGUGAUUUAGAGUUGGUUUUUUUACCACCUUACUCGCCUUGUUUGAAUGCCAUAGAAGAAUUUUGGGCUGUUUGUAAAUCCAAAGUCAAGAAAGCAAGAGUAGAAAAGAAAGAAGGGCUUACCUCCGCAGUUCGUGAGUCGAUCUUUCAAAUACCUAUUGAAAGUUAUAGAGGAUUUUGUAGACAUGCCGGUAAAUACGUAGACUAUUGCUUGGACCGCCAAUUAUUCUAG